UCGUGGUUUAUAAGCGGGCUCUUUGCCCGUGAUCCAAUACCGAUGGAGGGGCAGCGAUGCUUCUGCAUCGUUGUGUUCCUCGUCCACACUGCAAUAGGAGCUGGAGAAGGUUCAACCAAUCAGCCAUCAACGGAGCGCGUUGAAUCCAAUGAGCUAACAGUUUCCUUCCCUCCAUUGGAAGAUCUCUACACCAGCACCUUGGAAAAGCACUUCGCUACUGAGAACAACACUGUAGUCACUUCCCAGACGGGAUCUACUGCCCUCCUGCCGUGCGUGAUCAGGAAUAUUGGAGAUGGAAUCGUAUCAUGGAUACGGAGAAAAGACUACCACUUGCUGACAGUUGGUCUGACCACAUACAGUUCUGAUCAACGAUUUCAAGCAAUACAUUUACAACAUUCAGAGGAUUGGACGCUGAAGGUUCGGUUCGUGCAGAGUCGUGAUGCAGGUAUCUACGAGUGUCAGGUGUCUUCGCAUCCGCCCACCAGCAUAUUUCUACACUUGGAUGUAGUAGAGGCCCGCGCUCAAAUAUCUGGGCCAACGGAUAAGUACCUCAAGCCUGGUUCAACUUUAAGGCUUCAAUGCUCCGUCGUACAAACUACAGAAGCACCAGCCUUUGUAUUCUGGUACCACAACAGUAGAAUGAUAAACUACGACGCAGAGCGAGGCAUCAACGUCACCACAGAUACAGAGCAGCGUCUGUCAGAUCUUCUCAUUCCAGCUGCGAGUGUGUCGCACGCGGGCAACUACACCUGCGUGCCCAAUAACGCGGUCCCCGCUAGCAUUUAUGUCCACAUAUUUAAUGGCGAAAAUCCAGCAGCCAUGCAGUCGUCCUCACCGAGUUACAUCCAUCUAAGCAUAUUGCACAGUUUGUACACAACAGUAGUCCUAUACGCUAUCCGGUGACAAUUGUGUUAAGCCACAUCCUACCAUAUUACCUAGUCAUAAAGCCUCAUUUCCCGAGACAAACUUUGGACCGGCGUAUUCCUUUUGUAACCAGUGAUUUGUAACUCUGAAUGCGAUGCUAAUUUGAAAAGUGGAACAGCUAAAAUGAGGAUUUUAAAGAGUCGUUUGAAAUAAAAUUCUUUGCUCAGUUUUCACAGAAUAGUGUUAAUUUAAAGAUGUAAUGAAAAGACGCUGUAUUAUAAAUUAAAGUAGAGCUACACGUGAGACAUACAUUUUAUUUGUAAGGAACAUACGAGAUUUAUAUUAAAGCUUGCGUUUAUUUUUACUCGUGCAUAACAUACUAAUUAGGAACACGUUUCUAAAUAGGUGGCGCAUGCAUAGGAUUAAUUCUGGUUACUUAGUUUUUAAACUUAUACAUAUGCUACCUAUUUACGAAAUAACACAAGGCUAAGUAACGUAUAUAUCUUUAGUUGAAUUUCAGAUUUAGCACUUCUAAUCGCAUUCAAUAAAUUUUCUUCUUAACAUUGCUGCUCUUUGUUGGUCUUCUUGAAACGAUCUUGAGUUAAGAUAGUGAAUCUUAACUCAAGAUCGUUUUCACGUCCAUGUGUCAAACAAAACACGUUUUUGACAUAUGGAAGCACACACUUAGCGCUAAGUGUCAAAUUUGACAGCUUAUAUUAUACCUUCGUUAUGUUCAACACGCGUUGAAAACAUUUGAGGGCUCUUCCUAGUUAUUUUUAUAAUGCGAAGCUUCACUAGAUUAUUCAUACGAGAAUCUUCAGUGUGAAUAUAAAAGCUAAUAUCCUAUUCAUAGAAUGACAAACCCAUAAAUAUACCACCCUUGUUAUAAACAAUGUGAUUUUAUUAUAAUCAUAAUUUAUACGCAGAAGUUCUCUAACCUUUCCGAUCCUAUUUACCUAAGGGAUAUUUUGAUGUAUGUUAAGGAAUAUUAUAACAAACAAAUAUUUAGUAGUAGUGUGAUAUAGAUUUAUUUAGUUCUUUAUAAAACCCUAGUAGGAUCUAAAAUUUCUGUAUUUGUUUCGUGAUGUGUGUUCGCGACACACACUGUCGACUUUUAGGUCUGAAGCUGCUGUCUAAGCAUACUGAUUGCUGGUUUCAUCACGGUGUUUUCCUUCACCGUACGAACGAGUGUUGUCUGCGGACAUAGGCAGACAAUGCACAGCACAGCCGCAAUUCGAAUG